AUGAUGAUGACCUCGACGACGAAGACCUCCAUUGGCCUCCGUCAGCCGCACGUCCACCACGCCAUGGGCCUCUUUGAUAUGUUCCACCGCCUCAUGUUCGAUACCGCGCGAAGUAGCUACGCCCCCCACGGCCACGGCCACUCGACCUCGACCUACGCCUCAUCGUCGUCGGGCGACGAGCUGUUGAGCGAGCCCAGCAGCCCCGAGGUCAUCCUUGUCGACAGCGACGGCGAAGACACGUCAUCGCUCGAACGCGGUCGCACGCGACGCGAACAGCGAACUGCAGCUGCCGACAUCCCCGCGCCGCUCGCACUACCGCGCCCCCGCCUCCCGGCGGGGCCGGCCCAGGAGGUGAUCGACCUCACCCUCCUUCCCGACUCGGAAGACGAUGGCGAUGACGAUGAUGAGACCGAGGCCGACGUGGCGCGGCGAUUGCGGCGAGGCCGGGAACAAGGAGAGCCUCUGCCGACGGUAGUGGUCAACCUCGAGGCGUCGCCCGGGCCGCAGGUGCGCGAGUUUGCGCGGCGCAGCGGAGGGCGGAUCGCCGACAUCAUCCACGAGCAGGAUAUCUGA